AUGUCGUCUUUCGUGGGCCACAUGUCUGUGGACUGUGCGCAGGCUCGCGGGAGAUCCUGUCGCAAGGCCUGGGAUCAGGGACACUACUAUCUGCAAUGCCCCAAGAUCGGUGCAAUUUACAUGACAACCACGGCCGCGUGCUACACAUGUUUUGGGGUGUCGCCCGAAUGGGUGACUUCUCUGUGGCAAAGCUGCAAGAUCACCAAAGAGACGGCCGAGAAAGAAUAUGUGAAGUGCAAAAAACACGUCCGGGCGUACCUGGAGAAUGUGAAAUUUCACACCCAGUGUGUUCGUGCCGAUGCUGUGGCUGAACGACAGGCAGCUGCCUUACGUGACUUGCAGCCCUUGAUGAGAGACCCCAUUCGAAUACAGCAGGUGGAGUCCGAUUUUCUGCCACAAUUCAGACGGCCAAUGUUUCGGCGCAAGUUUCUUGUCUUGACAGGCCCUACAAGAUUGGGAAAGACUAUUUAUGGCCGUGGCUUGUUUGGGCAUGAUGCCACUCUGGAGCUCAACUGCUCCGGCGUCCUUCAUCCGGACUUGCGUGAGUACGACCCACUUCGCCACAAAGCAAUCCUUUUCGACGAGGCCUGCUGCCAGAUGGUUUUGGCCCACAGAAAGCUUUUCCAGGGCCCUGUCGAGGAAGUCAGUUUGGCCCAUAGCUCCACGAACAUGUACAGCUACUCGGUCUUCGUGUAUGGUGUGGCCAUGCUGAUUACCUCUAACUCCUGGCGCACAGAGCUGCAAGAUUGCAGUCCGGAAGACCAGGAAUGGCUUCGUGGAAAUUCGAUAUGCAUCGAUUGCGAUGUGCCUCUGUGA